CAAUAUCCUGGCGGAUUUCGUGAGCUCAGUAAUAGGAAAACUCAAAUUUUAUUUUUGUUUGUAAGUUUAGACAUAGAAGAUAAUCUCCUAAAUAACUCAUCCGAUUUCAAGAAUUCUUUCACCAAUAUUUAGAACGGGUCUUCAGGGUGGAGAUAUUGUUAUUAUAAUAUUAACGGUGGAGAUAAGUUGUAUAUUAUCUAUUUUACACUAAUAUUAUACAGAGGUAAAAUUUGUAAGUUGGAUAUAGGAGGUAAUCUCUGAAACUACUCAUUCGAUUUCAAAAAUUCGUUCACCAACAUUUAGAAUGAAGCUUCAAAGUGGGUAUAGGAGCUUUUCGUGGAGACCAAUUCUGCAAUGUAAUUACGAAAAAACCUUCAGGCGAUUACGUAUAUCGCAUCUAUAAAAUAUUCAGGUUAAUUUACAAAUUGAUUAAAUGUAAUUCAUAUAGUCCAAGAGGAUGAAGCUAUGAAGUACAUAGCUAUUAAUGUAUAAACAUUUAAAGAAUUUCCAAACUUUCACCUCAGAAACAGCGGUUCCCGAAUUUCUCUUUACUCAAAAACGAGUGUAACAAACAAACAUUUCAAAAUUAAUAAAAGUUACUACUAAUUUAUGUUCUUCGGUGGGAGAUAUUUUUGUCGUCUGUCGGGUUUAUUGCAUCAACUGGAAAAAAACGUAAAUCUGAACAUCUAAAUAAGCGCCCGGAAAUAAAAUAUUUCAGAUAAACUCUGUGUUGUCUUUAUUCCAGUUUCGAGGUCCGCGACCUCUGCAAAAUUGAAGUUUUAUUUAUGAGAAACUUGCGCACCGCAUCGUGCAUAUCUCUGCCGUAGUUUGUCUCUUGUGUCUUUUCUUUACAUAUUUGUGUGUUUUUAUGUGUGAGUCCGCGAACCCUUCUUGCAUUCCAUCUGCAUUCAUCCGGGAACUAGAUAAGAGGGAGAGUAACUUAUUUGGAGUGAAGAAUUGGGCGCAGAGAUUAGACUAUUCAAAAGGAACCAAAUAGCUGAAAUUUCAGAUGGAGCGUUCGAUAAUAUGACAUCUUUAAAAGUCCUGGAAUUGGACGACAACCUCCUCACUGAAAUACCCUUAGCAAUAACCAAGUUACCAUCUUUACAAGAGUUGUCAAUAUCCGGCAACCGUAUCAAGCAUAUUCCAGGAGGUCUCCUGCAGAAGACGCCUAGUUUGACGCUCCUGGAACUCCAGGGGAACCCCCUAGCCGGCGUCGACAUUCAUUCUUUCGCCUUCCUUCCUCGUUUGCGCAAGCUAAUCUUAUCGGAAGCAAGACAUCUGUCAAUUUUUCCGAAUUUGAAUGGAACGGAAGCUCUUGAACUGCUGCGAUUCGAUCGCGCCGGUUUAUUAUCAGUGCCGACGUCAUUAUGCGAAACCUGUCCAAAAUUGAAAAGCUUAGAUUUCAAAUCGAAUCGACUUAGCGUCGUUCCAAACUUGUCCAACUGCAAGGAAAUAAGAGUUUUAGAUUUGGCAAGCAAUAAAAUCAAUUCGUUGCUUGGACGACCGUUCCAGGGAAUGUCUCAGAUGCACGAUCUCCUUCUUGCCCACAACGAAAUAGAAUUUAUUCCUCAGGACGCUUUUUACGGCCUUUCGAAGCUCCAAGUACUUGACUUGGAAAACAACAUGAUUUCAUAUAUUCAUCCGGAUGCCUUUCUACCUAUCUCUCACAUAGAAAACCUAAACCUGGGUAACAACAUUUUUCCCGAAUUACCAGCGGCUGGUUUAGAACGUCUCCUUCAUCUCAAGGUAUUUAAUAAUCCGAACUUGAAGGAGUUCCCUCCACCCGAAAGCUUUCCGCGAAUUCAGACUUUGGUUUUGGCCUACGCGUAUCACUGCUGUGCUUUCCUUCCCUUAAUACCCUCCAACCCGCCCCCACCUGCCAGAGUCGAAGAUAUAGUGCUUUUUCCCGACGAGGACGACGACAUAGAUCCCAACAUUUGGAAUUCGAGUGUCGUAGACUUGUGGCCUCAAUUACAAAAUAUAAGUCACAAACUGGGCAAAAAAUUUAAAGACAUUUGGGAUAGCUACGGUGGCGGGGAAUUUGCAUAUCCAGGAAAUUUUCCUAACUAUAUGGAAGAAUACGCGGAAGAAGAGACGAAACUCUCUGGAAGUGAACUACCUCCUGGAAAAAUUCAAUGUUUGCCAUCACCAGGUCCAUUCCUUCCUUGUCAAGACUUAUUCGAUUGGUGGACUCUCCGGUGUGGAGUGUGGCUGGUCUUCCUGUGUUCCAUGCUAGGAAAUGGAACGGUAGUUUUCGUGUUAAUUUUUUCCAGGAGUAAAAUGGACGUUCCACGGUUUCUAGUCUGCAAUUUGGCUGCUGCAGAUUUUUUCAUGGGAAUAUAUUUAGGGUUUUUGGCCGUUGUAGACGCAUCAACUCUGGGCGAGUUUAGAAUGUAUGCCAUCCCUUGGCAGAUGUCUGUUGGAUGCCGACUAGCUGGAUUUUUGGGGGUGCUAAGUUCCGAGUUAUCAGUAUACACUCUAGCAGUAAUUACCCUGGAACGAAAUUAUGCCAUCACGCAUGCCAUGCAUCUCAAUAAAAGAUUGUCUUUGAAACACGCAGGGUACAUAAUGGUUUGCGGAUGGGCGUUUGCAAUUGUUAUGGCUAUUCUUCCACUCUUCAGUAUUUCCGACUAUAGAAAGUUUGCAGUUUGUCUCCCGUUUGAAACAGGAUCCGUUGCCAGUUUGACUUACGUCGUUUUUCUCAUGUUUAUCAACGGCGUUGCGUUUCUUAUAUUGAUGGGGUGCUACUUAAAAAUGUACUGUGCUAUUCGAGGUUCUCAAGCUUGGAACUCCAACGACUCUCGCAUUGCUAAGAGAAUGGCUCUCUUGGUGUUCACCGAUUUCCUCUGCUGGUCGCCAAUAGCUUUUUUCUCUUUGACCGCUGCGUUUGGUUUACAACUAGUAACUUUAGAACAAGCCAAAGUAUUUACGGUGUUUGUACUGCCAUUAAAUUCAUGUUGCAAUCCGUUUCUUUAUGCGAUACUCACGAAACAAUUCAAAAAAGACUGCGUAAUGAUUUGCAAAGCAAUCGAAGAAAGUAGAGUGACCAGAGGCAUUGGUAGAUGCAGACAUAGUUCAAAUUUUAGUAACCGACAAACCCCUGCGAACACAAACAGCUUGGCAGACAGGUCAUCGCGAGAAAAUCAAAAUCAUCAUAAUCCACAGUGUACAUGCAACGUGAAGCUUUUGAAUAAUGAAGUCAAAAAUGGCAGUUCACGAACUAGUCGUAAGAAGAGUGCUUCGAAAGAUUGGUUGGUUAGCAAGGCCAGGUGGAUUUUAUGUGCAAAGAAACCUCCCAGACAUCGACCACGAUCGGAACAAUAUACCUACCAGAUUGCAGAGAUUCAACAGAAACAACACAAACGUGCAUCGUCAGUGUCAUCCAGUGAGAACUUCAGCUCUUCGCGAUCCGAUUCAUGGAAGCACAAUCAUCACUGUGGAAUUCCUCUAAGGUUUGUAGAAGUAAGGUUGCUGGAUCCCAAACGAAGAGCGUCUACGUGGCUUGUAACUCGAAAAACCUCUCAGGACUCCAAUCUCUCUAGUUCGAGAAACGACUCUUCGGGGUCUGGCACCACGGCCAGUACCAGCACAUGGCGAAUAUCACGCUCAAGUGCUUCGAGUAAUGAACCCAACCGAUUAAGAUCAAAACCAAGACUGACUCGUCAAAGUGCGAUCCAGGACGAUUGUGAUUCCCCAGGAUCUCCUGGGCGUCUCACAGUCCGUUUCCUAACCACAAUUCCGUCUGCUGCAGAGAACAGCAUGCAGAUGGAAGAUGAGCCAAGUUUAUCCCCCACAAAAGAAAAAGAGGGACCGUUGUAUGCGAUACUGCAUUCGCAACCGGUCGUUACGCCUCUGAGAAGACAGUCGGUGGGCACUUUGCAUCCGCCUGAGUCCACCUCUGACCAAAACCCUUCUAGUCCUACCGAACUCAAUAAUGUUGUUGAUAAGAUUGAUACGCCUAGAUAAUAAAGAAGUACGACGAUGAUGAUGAUGAUGUUAGGAGGAAAUUCAAAGGAGACUGUGAUUCAAAUGUAGAACAAUACAUACUAUUAGGUUAGUAAAUAAUAUAAUUAUGUACUUAUUUAAAUAAUGUUAGUAUCCGAUAAUAAUAAUAGUUGUUGAAUAGCGACAGUGGAUUACGGUGCAUGUAUGUUUGGAUUUUAUUUUUUAUACCAAGGACUACCACUUUAGUAAUGAAAAUCGAUAUAGUCAGAACAGCUCUUAUCGCGGAGGUCAUACCCAUCAAAUAAAAUCCGUUAGAUAAAUAAAACUUUUUCGUUAAAAAGGACAGAUUUAUAACUUUCAGCGGUUCUAAAAAGUUUUGAUUACCUAACGGCUGUCCGUUUUGUAACUUUGACAAUUUUAAAGUGACAUAUUUGAUAACACGAAUAAGAAAAACUAUUUUCUGUUUUUUGCAUCCCAAAGAAGUGAUUUUUUUGAUUGUAAAAUGAUAUGUAUUAAAAAUUAAAUAUUUGUUCCAUUUCAAUUAGAUAAUUAACAGUUUUUUCAUAAAAAACCUUUAGAUUUUACAAUAGACAAUAAAAAAUACACCUGCCAUUAACUAAAAAUAUUAAACUACGCAUAAUCCUGAAAAUGUAGCCGAAAUCUUGUCAAAAAACAAUUACCUGAAAAUGAAUUUAGAUUAAGCCUUCUUUUGUCUUCUUUUUAGUCUCUGUCAAAUGGUUAAUCUUUGAUAUUUUCCAAAUUGUUUUUCGCUAACCCAUACUAUCCAUGGCUAUUAAGUAACCACUCUCGUAAAAAAUUAAAACAGAUAAAUUCAGCGUUAGAAGUUGAUAAUUCGGAUUGAUAUUUAAUCAUACAAGAAAACCAAUAUAAGGUGAAUAUCUGUUGACAUUUAGCACACUAUCAGUAUAAAAUUUGUCAAUUCUGUUGCAUUAAAUAAUAAUGUGGUCGAAAUUUUUAACAACUUUAUUACUUGCAUUACUAAUUUUAUUCUUAUCAGGUGUUAGGCAAAUAAAUACAAAAACAAUUGACGCAGUUGAGCAAAUAAUUGAACGCAUUAAUGAUUUUAAAGGUCUGUUUAAUAUAAAACCAUUGUUAGCAGUGUGGCACUAUUAUAGCCUAUAAUUUAUCAUAUAGGACUUGGGUCAAUUUAGGAAGGCGUAGUAAAGAUGUUUUACCACUCAAGGAAGCGAAGUUGAGGGUAUGAAAAGAGCUGUUGACUCAAAUGCUAAAUUUGUUGAAAUAAAUUAGCAUAUUGCGACAUGUUCAGAGUAACAUGACAGAUACGACGAUAAUUUCGACAUGGGUUCGUGGGUCUACUUAAAUAUCAUUUGCUACAUGAGGAUAACCCAAACCAACUAUAGCCUAACCUUUAAGAAUUGUACAAUUUGUUUUUUGUUAUUAAUAUUAUGCACCUCCUGAAGGUUAGAUUAUGGUUAGUUUAGAUUGCUGUAUCUGUCUCUAAUUAUAUAUAAUCAAUACAAAAACGAGUUUUACCUUCGAUGGGACAAAUAAAAGAGUAUAAUCAGAACAGGGAGAAAACGUUUUAGGAUUGAAUAUCCAUGCUUGCAACGCCUUGUAGCUAAAAGUAUCGGCUAUAGUAACCGAUUUCGGUUAUAAUCAAGAAGUUGCCGAAAUUCGGUAUCUGCCAAUUUUGAUCUGAGCAGGUCAUGACAUGAUCUACUAAUUUAUUUUGACAUCCCUCUGAAUUCGGAUUUUGGGAUUAAUAUAGUAUACAAUGUGUAGCUAUCUCAAAUUGCAAACCUGUCGUAUUUUAGUCGUACAAUUAAUUGCGGACUUAUCCUUCUUAAAUUGAUCAAGCAAAGGUUAAUUUAAAUCGUUAAAAAAAUAAAUUAACAUGCAUUUUUUUUUUUAAUUUUCUUUCUACUGCAGUGACGUCAUUCAAACGUAGUUCUAUUUAGCAUUCUAUUGACUAUAAUUGAUUGAGCUAAGUGAUCGAUAGUGAAUCUGGUGUAAAUGAGGGACGAUUUGUUACAUAAGUAUUUAUUAUUUAUUUAAAGAGCGUUAUUUAUAAUAAUAGAAAAUAUUGUUAUAUACAUAUACAUU